UUUCGCGAUUUGAUUCUUCCGAAAAGCACAUCGUCGUCCGUCACAGCUGUCGCCGUCGUCGUCGUUGUCGUCCUCCAUUCAAAAUUCGGAUUCAUGACUCGUCUCACGUUCACCCAAAGUCUCAAACUCCAACUAAAAACGUAAACGCAUUGUUUGGCAAUUGAAAUUUGAAAAUCGAUAGUUUUCAUCUGUGUGUUUUGUCGUGUUUACAUUUUGAGAAUUUUCCUUUUUUGGUUAAGUCUCGUCGUUUCGUCAGAACGAAAACGAACUCAAAACGCACCGGAUUCGGCAAACUGUUGUAUAACUUGGAAAAUACAAAGUAACAACAUCGUGAUCCAAAUCUACCAAAGAUAGAAAAACAAACAGUCAUGGGAACCUUCUAUGAAUCACGCACUGUAUUCGAUUACAGCUGGAAGCAAGUUGUUCAAGCUUAUUGGAAUAGAUAUCCAAAUCCAUCAAGUUCACAUGUUUUAACAGAAGACACUGUGUCUCGAGAGGUACGCGAUGGCAAACUCUAUUCAAGACGACUUCUCUCGAAGACGAAUCCAGUGCCACGAUGGGGAGAACGAUUUGUCAAUACAAAUUCUGUGAAAAUCGUCGAAGAUUCAAUUCUGGAUUUGAAGAAGAAGUCACUCGUUACAUUUACAAGAAAUAUUGGAUUUAAAAAAAUUAUGCGUGUCGACGAACGCGUUGAAUACCUCGAACAAAAAGAUGGCACCACAAUCGCCAUUCGCACAGCAUUCAUCAGUUCGCAAGUAUUUGGGUUUUCGCGUGCGAUUCGUGCAUUUGGCGUGGAACGUUUCAAAUCGAAUUGCAGCAAAGCAUCAAUGGGUUUCAAUCAUGUGCUGCGGAAUAUGUUCCCCUCAGCCCAUCUUCAUGCCAUCGAAGCAGCAAACAAAGUCAAAGAAAUUGCUCCAACAAAUCAGCAAACAACAACGACAGUAGCCCAACAAGCUUCUAGCAAAGCGGAAAAAAUCAAACGAGCUAGUCGAGCUACUUAUGAAUUUGUUAAGAAUCAGGCUGGCAAAGUUGGUCAAAUGUUCUCGGUGAAGAACUGAGGUCCAGUGGAAGAUUAAAAGAUAAUAAUCAUAGAAAAAGCACGUCAAAGUCAACGUCAUUGAGAUUGACUGGCUUUUAUAAUUUUAUUAUAAUUUAGUCCGUAGUCACUAAAACAAAAAACAUCUAAAAUUAAAAAAAGAUUUAUCAUCAAGGCUCGAAAAGGACUGCAAUCAAAAAUAAGGCAAAAGUGUAUUUAAAAAAAAAAAAAACAAAUAAAAAGAUCGCUUAUGCUAAAAAGGAACGAAACUGCCAGGAAGAAGGACAAAUCAGUCAUUGGCUCCCAAUACUAAUUAUUUCAUCGACAGUUAUUCUCCCUUUCCUUAGAGUUUAAUGAAUUCCAUUCCAACAAACUAAACAAAACAAGAAUAGAUAUUAAUUGAUUAAAAGUUGAAUUUAAAUGAUGAAAUGAAGAAAAAGUGAUUGUUUUGCUGAAAAUUGGGGUUUCAACAUAAAAAAAAAUUAUAUUUUUAUCUAAAUAAAAAUUUAAGUUUAAAUUUAUUUAAUUAUGAUGCAAUUGUGACUCUGGUCCAUAAAAUACAUUAUUUUUUUUUGUAAACUUAAUAUUAAACUUAAAUAUUUAAUUAGAUUUAUAAACAAAUUCUUUGUUACAAAAUUUAUUAUUGUUUUCAUUUUUAUUUGUAUAAACAUUUAAGUAAAAUUUAGAUGCGAUUAAUCGAAAUUAAAUUGCAAAUAAUGCGAUAAAUAUUUAAA